UAGAAAACAGAGAUAAGAACAGUGAUGGACUUUGACGUAGUUCGAGAUGAUGCUUAAAUAAGUGGGUUUGACUCGCAGGCGUAGUUCAGUUACAAUAAACCCCAUCAAACGAACGGUAUCAUCGAUCAGCAUUGUCCGUGUUCAGUCAAAGUAGCUAACUGCUGAAACUGUCAGCCAAACAUUGAAUUACCUGAGCUCCAAGCAGCCUCUGACAGACUACGAUCAAAGCCACGGUUUACAUAAAUGCAUAACGCCUACUUUCUGCUGUUUCAUCGGUGCGAUAUAGUCGUCGAAACUGGAUUAUCGUGGCUAGAGAUCCUAGACAAGGGAUAAGUGAAAGUUUCUCACGUACGUUUUGCUACUGCACCUCACCACGCUGUGUGUCCUGUUUUGUAAGCCAUCUGUUAGUUUUUGGAAACGCCGACGAUGGCUCCCAAAAUUCGAGAACCGGACCAGAGGACUCCGUUGUUGCAGGACUGCAACAACAAUGCUGACAACAGAAACCAGCACAACUACAACAAGCAAAACGAUCAACUUGACCACGAAAGCCACCAAAACUACGGCAAAUGUAACGGGGCGCUGAUAGCGAUUGAGGGUGUGCAAGUUCCUCCAUCUUGCUGGACCGGUUCGUGCAUAGACCACCACGAUCCCAUCACCAACCGGAAGCUCGAAAAUCCUUCCACCAACUUUGACACGCUGAUGCACGUGCUGAACGGGAACCUCGGUACGGGCAUCCUCGCCAUGCCGGACGCAUUCAAGAACGCGGGCCUCUACGUUGGCUUCUUCGGCACAUUGGUGAUGGGUGUGAUCUGUACCCACUGUAUGCACCUGCUAGUGCGCUGUUCGCACGAGCUAUGUCGUCGAUACGGUCGGCCCUCACUCUCCUACGCUGACGUAGGAUUUUGCGCCCUCGAUUCAGGCCCCAUCUGGAUGCAGCCAUUAGCUGGCGGAUUUCGACGCCUCAUCAACACGUUCUUAGUUGUGAUGCAGCUUGGACUGUGCUGCGUGUACUUGCUGUUCGUAGCGGUUAAUGUGCGCGAAUUGCUUGCUUAUGCCAACAUCCACGCGACAGUAUUAACAGUGCUGGUAUGGUUACUAGCCCCGCUCGCCCUGUUGAAUCUUGUACGCAGCUUGAAGCUGCUGACGCCGAUGUCCCUGGUUGCGUCGAUAUUUGCAGUGGCCGGCCUGGCAAUUGCCUUUCUUUUCCUACUCCAAGAUCUGCCCCACAGUGCAUCCGUGCCCCCAAUUUCCAGCUGGUCGACACUACCGCUUUACUUCGGCACCGUUAUGUACGCAUUCGAAGGCAUCGGUGUCGUACUGCCGUUGGAGAACAACCUCGCCCGGCCACGCGACUUCAUUGCCUGGAACGGCGUCCUCAACACCGGCAUGACACUCGUCGUUUGCCUCUACUCGGCAGUUGGUUUUUUUGGAUAUUUAAAAUACGGUGAUCAGGCCCAGGGCAGCGUCACGCUCAACUUACCCAACGAUCAUCUGCUAGCACAGCUGGUAAGACUGUUCAUGGCUGUUGCUGUUCUCGCUUCCUAUGCACUCCAGUUCUACGUUCCUAUGACCAUUUUGGCUCCGGUUGUCGCGUGCCACACCGCCCAUCCACGUUGUGCCGAAACUGUGCUAAGACUAGUGACCGUUCUACUGACAUUCGUUCUGGCCGCUAUCAUCCCAAACCUCGGUACUUUCAUCUCACUAGUCGGGGCCGUUUCAACUUCGACCCUAGCCCUCAUUUUUCCACCGCUGAUUGAAUUGGUCACAUCGUGGCCCAACGCUGACCGACCUGGCCACCGGUGGAUUGUUUUGAAGAAUUCCCUGAUAAUCGUAUUCGGCGCGACAGGCUUUUUCUUCGGCACCGUCAAGAGCCUGGCGGUCAUACUCGAGGGGGGCCCCGGUGAGCUAGGUAGUCUAUAAGCCUGUACGGCAAAUCUAGAAAUAUAGUUGGAUAGUACUGCUGUGACGCGGACGUGCGCGGAAGCGCUUUAGCUCUAGUAGCCAUUGAUCAUAGUGUUGAUGAAUCUGAUUCGCAAUAAAACGAUAUUUUCCACAAAUAUUAGCAACGUGCAGUAGAAGAUUACACAAAUUAUUU